AUGUGCCUGCUGCAGGCCCAUGGAGCUAUAUGGAAUUUUGGAUCAAUGCUCGGGAAAGUAAUAGGAAAGAAAGCAGUCAUCGACUACAGCCUCUAUGGUUGCUACUGUGGCUUCAGAGAUAAAGGAACUCCCAAGGAUGCGACAGACCAGUGCUGCUUUGAGCGUGAUUGUUGUUACCGCCGUCUGAGGAAGGAGGGAUGUAGAACCAAAUUUGCCCACUAUAAGUUUGAAUACAAAAAGGACCAAGUCACGUGUGUCGAUGAGAAUCCCUGUAGAAAGAAAUUGUGUGAGUGUGAUAAAACAGCUGCCCUCUGCUUUAAGGAAAACAGAAACAGCUACAAUAAAACAUACCGAUUCUACAGCGGCCGGUCGUGUCAAGGGAAGUCCCCCCAGUGCUGA